AUGAAUAACCAAAGCAAAACACAGUCCUCCUCAUCUAGAAAUGUUGCCAUACCUGUCAUUAAAUGUACCUCAGAACAAAAUGGGCUGGGGACUUCAAUAAAUAGAAAAUCCUCUAUGGCACAAUCAUUGAAACCAAGCUUGGCGGCUAGUGUUGAUUCUCAUGUCCUGAUCGAUAUAAAUUCUCCAAAUUUUAGAACCGGUAAGAAUAUAAAGGAAGAUGAGAUAAUAAAUAGCUUAAGGACCAGUUAUCUCAGUAAUCAUUUUACUGAAAGCUCCGAUACAUCUCAAAAAGAACCUACUUCAAGUUCCUAUGUAACAGCGUUAGAUCGAAUACCUUCCAAUAAUAUUGAACUUGACCCAAAUCUUCAGAAAUCUGGUGGUGAUAUUACGAGAGAAAUCUACAGAUUUGCAUCUUCUAAUGAACCCCAAAAAAUGAAACUUGCUAAGUCGUUGGAGGAUGUCACCCUUUCUUCAGAAAGCAGAAGAAGAGAAUCUAGUGCAAGCGGUAUAAGGAUUCCAGGCGGAUUCAGGCGGGAGUUUAUAGUUAACAAAAUCAGACAGGGGCAUCAUCAAGUUGAACUGAAAACAAAAGACGGCUCAGCAUCAUCCCGUGACCUAUUUUAUGGAUUGAAUAACUUGGAAAACGCGAUCUCUGAUGAUGAUAACAUAUCUAAUAUUGACAAGGUCCCUUUCUUGACAAGGAAUUUCUUGGAAUUUCUUUAUUUAUAUGGUCACUUUGCUGGUGAAUCAUUUGAGGAUGAUUUCUUACCGGAAGAUGAAGGUGGUUUUGUUGAUGAAAGAACCUCAUUACUUCCUUCACAAAGUAGACUAUCAAGGAAGGCAAUUGCCUCUGCAAGGGGUACUGCUUCAGACAGCAAGACAUUUUUAUUGUUGUUGAAAUCGUUUAUUGGAACCGGUGUAUUAUUUUUACCUGGCGCAUUUCAUAAUGGAGGGCUAACCUUUUCCAUUUGUAUGCUAUUAUUCUUUGGCAUAUAUUCGUACUGGUGCUACAUAAUUUUAACUAAAGCAAAAGUUGUCACCGGUGUGUCAUCGUUUGGUGAUAUAGGUCUAAAACUUUAUGGUCCAUGGAUGAAGGCGAUCAUUCUAUUUUCCCUUGUCGUCACUCAAAUCGGGUUUUCAGCAGCAUAUAUGAUAUUUACAGCAAAGAACCUUAGCCCAUUUGUUGAAAAUUUUCUAAGAAUCCCUGAUUUAGACUUAGCAUACUUAAUGGGACUACAACUCCUCGUGUUCAUUCCACUUUCCUUUGUUAGAAAAGUUUCAAAAUUAUCAUUUCCGUCACUUCUCGCAAAUUCCUUUAUAAUGUUUGGACUACUAAUUGUACUAUUUUUUGUCAACAAGCACUUAUUUAUAGACUUAGGUAUGAGGCCUGCUGAUGGUGUCAUCCUGGGGGUCAACUAUGAAAGAUGGACUCUUUUCGUAGGUACGGCAAUAUUUUCAUUUGAAGGUAUAGGAUUAAUUAUCCCUAUUCAAGAUUCUAUGAAAAAUCCUGAGAAAUUUCCUUUAGUUCUGGGACUAGUAUUGAUUACAGCCACAAUACUAUUCAUCAGUAUUGCAACAAUUGGUUAUCUUUCAUAUGGGUCAUCGAUCGAUGUCGUUAUUCUGCUGAACUUGCCUCAAUCAAACAUAUUUGUAAAUUUGAUUCAAUUGUUCUACUCUCUAGCGAUCAUGCUAUCCACACCGUUACAAAUGUUUCCUGCAAUUAAAAUAAUCGAAAGUAAAUUGUUUCCCAAAUUUAUUAAGGUAUAUGCUAAGGAUGGGAAUAGUCCAGGAAGUUACGAAUUAAGUUUAAAUUCUGGGAAAUUAAAUUGGAAAGUAAAGUGGUUAAAGAAUUUUGUAAGAUCAAUCAUCGUUACUUUGGUCGUAUUAAUUGCUUACUUAGAGGUGGAAAAUCUGGACAAAGUUGUUUCCAUCAUUGGAUCUUUGGCCUGUAUCCCCCUUGUAUAUAUAUAUCCUCCAUUGCUGCAUUUAAGAAGCCAUAGCAUACCAUUUUCUGUGAAUCAAAAGGUUAAGUGGCGCGUACUUUUUGAUUAUUUACUAGUAGGGUUUGGUACAGUCAGUAUGUUCUACACAUCAUACCAAUCCAUAUUUAGUAAUUGA